CAUGCGGCCUGGUUCUCCCUCAUUGGUAUUGAUUCAUGUCUACAGCCUAAGCUCCAAAUGCAUGUCGGUGUUGUUGGCGGAGGGAUCUCAGGUCUCUAUUCAGCAUUACUGCUGAUUCAACAAGGGUUCCAAGUGACGCUUUUUGAAGCAACCAACCGCCUCGGUGGCCGAAUAUAUACAUACCACUUCCCACCAAGCACAUUGAAUGACGAUCCAUAUUUUGAGGCCGGAGCCAUGCGCAUACCUUGCACUUCGAUACACCGUCCGGUAUUCAAUCUCACGAGGCAUUUAAAUCAGCACACGUCUCGUGAGAUGAGGAUUGAAUUCAUCCCUUACAUCAUGACACAUGAGAACAAUAUAGUAUUUGUGCGCGGAAAGAAGAGAAAGGCCAAAGACAUCAGUUUGGCGGCUGAACUCGGAUUACCGGACGAAUAUUGUAAUCAGAGCGCGCAGGAUCUUUUGAAGGGUGCGAUUGGAGAGUGGAUGACACUUUUAGCGAAUGACUUCGAGGCAGGUUUCAAAUGUGUGCUCCAAUAUGACGAGAUGUCUUUUCGCCAGUAUUUACGCCAGGUUGUCCAAUGGCCACACCAAGUGAUCGACUUUGUGGAGAUGAUGACGAGUCAAACCAAUCAAUAUGAUUUAAGUUUCACGGAGGUCAUUCUGCAGUACCUAGACUUUGGUACCAAAGAAUGGGUUACAAUCAAAGGUGGCAUGUCCCGGCUGAUUGAUGCCAUCGCCAGUCUCGUUGGAGCCCACAAUAUUCACAGGAACGCAGCUGUCAGAGAGGUUCAUACGAGUCCUGGCAAAAAGGUUAGUCUUGUGAUUCAGGGGGCCUCUUCUACUAUAACCAGAGUAUUUGACAGGGUUAUCAUGGCAAUCCCUCUCUCAUCACUGAAAAAUAUGUUGGAACGACCGCGCUGGAGUUUUGUCAAGGAGCAGGCAAUAAGUGCUACUUAUUAUGAACCUCUUUAUAAGAUGGGCGUCCACUUUCGAUCUCGUUUCUGGGAAACAUUUGCUACCCCAUGCUUUGGAGGCCAAAGUAUGACCGAUCUUAGAGUGCGAUGGGUGAUCUAUCCGUCAAAUGACCUGGGAGCUAAUAGGUCUGGUGUUUUACUCUUGUACUCCUGGAUGGCAGACGCUGCACGGUGGAGUGCCAUGCCGUUUGAAGAUCGUGUCCAACUAGCUCUGCACGACCUCAGAACAUUGUUUGCUGGGGAAGAUGAAGCAUUGGACGUUUAUGAGGAGUUCAUCGAAGCAUUCGAUAUCAGCUGGUCCUGCCAUUCGUCAACAGGGGGAUGUAUGUAUCUCCCUGGUCAGUUUUCUCGUUUUUCCAAGGAAAUAGGGAGGUGCGAGGGCAACAUUUAUUUUGCUGGGGAGCAUUUAAGCUUACAUCAUGCCUGGAUUACUGGGGCGAUCUCUUCGGCGUCAACGGCCGUGAACGAAUUGCUUCUGAAUGUUGACAAGCCAAGACUGUAA